AGCGAACACUGAACAGAGAGUGUAUGAACUUUGGCAGCGAGCACAGAAAAUCGCUAUCAUGCACGUAGUACAGGCUCUGAGUGUCGUUGCGCUCACGUUCAUUUCUUCCAUGCCCGGAAGGCAACAGGCUGCUCCCACGGCAAAGCCGGUGGCUCAGUGGAAACACCCAGGAGUGUUGUCCUUGGAAAUAGGAGGAGAUUUCGAGGGUGAUAUACUUCUGCCCAGAAACAGGUCGACUGAUCGCAAUGCUGUUACUAAGAAGGACGAGUUGUGGCCCAAGGGAAUCAUUCCGUACGUCAUCGAUGCUCAACUGAAUCGUACCACCAAGAAGAUCCUGAAGACGAUGGCUGACAUCGAGUCUGAAACCUGCCUGCGGUUUGUGGCACGAAGAAAGCAAAAGAACUACGUACUGAUCACUCGCCGAGAAGGGUGCAGUUCAUUUGUUGGACGCCAGGGAGGCGUUCAGGAGGUGAGCCUGGGCACUCACUGCCUCUACACGGGCCUUAUUGCGCACGAGCUGUUGCACGCGGUAGGCUUUGACCACGAACAUUCGCGCUCCGACAGGGACGAGUACAUCGACGUCUUCAUGGAGAACGUGGAGCCAGAAAACACCGAACAGUUCGAGAAGCUCGCACCUUCGAAGAACAGGUUGCUGACGCCCUUCGACAUGGACUCGAUCAUGCUGUACGGCUCGGAAACAUUUGCCCGAGAGCCAGGCCUGGUUACCAUGCUGGCGAAGAAUGGCAGUCACCUCAAAGACGUUUUCGAAAAGCCCGGACUAAGCGCAAGUGAUGUGCUCCGGAUAAACUUGUUGUAUAACUGUAAAAAUAAAAAAAAAUAAUUUAGCCUAGUACCACUAUAUCUUCUCAUUUAUGCUGUCAUUCAAGACGUGACCCUUCCCCCCUUCCAUUUCGUUCCCUCUUUAUACCGUACAACGUUUGUCCUCUGUAUCAUCUUUGUCAUGACUCAAUAAACAACUGCUCAUUCCUUCCUC